UUAAAAGUUUCAUGUACAUUUAUACAUACAAAAGCAUAAGUAUCAGACUUCGUAUAAGAUUGAUAUACAUGACCGAUUUUUAAUUUAAAUCGUCAUGUGUGGAACAAAGAGUAUAAUGUUGGGGUCUUCGUAACGACGUAACCAAACACGUAUUAAAAGUAACACUCACGUAACUUUUAGCUGAUUCACAAAGACGUACUUGUGCCUUUACCUGAAGAUUAGUUAAAUAUUAAACGAAUGUCCCCAGUUCUAUGAAAUAUAGUUACAGUCCAAGACAACAACUUUAUUAGUUCAAGGAAUCCAGUUUCCUUCUGUGACACUUGUGUUCAAAUAUAAACUUUGUAUGGAUUGACAGAUAAACGAAGCAACCUUAAUAUUUGGGUACGUGUCAAUAAGCAAAGGCACUUUAUUUGUGAGGGACAAUAUGAUCGGCCAGAGGCACUUAUGCAGUUUUUCCACAUUUUUGGGUAAUGUUUUAUAAAUAGCCUUACGACGCAAAGACAACAAUUCAUGAUUAAUUUUGUAUAAAUUUCUGACUUGCUAAUGUUUACAGAAACGAACUUCUCGUUUGAGUGAGCGUAGUCAUCGUCACCAGAAGUGGGCGGAAGAGAGUCAGAUAUCUCAACUUUCGGUUCCGAACGAAAUUGAUGAGAACUCGGUUGAUGACGUCAGCUUGGGGACGGAUAUUGUGAGCCAAGAGAUUGAAGAUAUGAAAACAGGUAACUCUGCCGAACAACAGCUGGAAGAGGCAAGGAACGAAAUUUCACACUUGCAAACACAGUGGCACGAGGUGGACAAUAAAUUACAGACGAUGAUUGACGAAAACGAAAAAUUAAAAGAAGCGAUUCAAGUUCACCAAGAAGCGGAAACUGCAGCAGCAUUAGAGCUUGAGAGUCUGAUGAAUAAACUGGAUCUUGAAUAUCAAGUGAGAAAACGAGCAGAAACAUUGGCAGCAAAGAUGUACGGGGAAAAUAAAUCGUGGCAGAAACAAAGCGUGAUGCGAAAGAAGAGUGAUGGUAGAGAUAGUGAUGCAAAAGAGAAGGCGCUCAAUGAUGCUCUGGAGGAAGUGAAACGAUUGAGUGAAGAACUCGAAGAGGAAAAAAUAUUGAACCAGCAAAAAAUUGAAGAGUUACAAGAAAUAAUCGACUCUUCAUCUGAUCGUCAAGACGAAGUUGAUGAGCUAAAGAGGAGAGAAGACCAACUUUUGUUCAAGCUUCGGGAUGUUACAAAUGAGAAAGACCUUCUCAUAAAGAAGUGUAACCAAUUGGAAGAUGAUCUAGUAAAAGCGAAGAGGCAACCUCGAUCUUUACGACCUGCUCCCCCUCCUCCUAACAUUCCUCCUCCCACUCCCAUCCCUGCGCCUCCCCCUCCUCCUGGUGUUGCUUCAAACGGAAAGAGUUUAGAUCCACUAAGUAAAUUAAAACAACUCGUCUACCAACGAAAAGCUGCAAGGGGAGCUCUCGGCGGUAAGAAAGUGAACCCAAACGAACGUAAGCAGGUCACACACGGGCUGAUGGUGUACGCAGAUGCCAUGGAUGAAAUGAUGCAACGAAUCAAGACUGGCAACGUCGGACUGAAGAAAGUUCGACGCUACAGUGAAAUACCUGAAGGGGGUGAUUAUAAAGAAACGGAAAAAUAUGGAACCCUUGGCCCGUCAGCAUCAGGACAGUUUAAUGACGGACUGGAUGACUUAAAAGAGGGCGACGUUUUCUCUGCUCUGAGAAAGGGCUUGAAACCGCCAGGCACCAACACCUUGGGCGUUAGCGGAAGAAAGACAUCGGAGCCAGCAGUACCGAUGCACAUACGCCAACAACUUCGCAAAUUACACACAACAGAUUCGGAUGAUAUGGAACUUGAGCAAAGUAAUGAGAACAUGCUGCCCCCUUCAAGAGGAUUACACCGUAAUGUACAAUGCAGUGUGCGACACCCGAAAGAAAUUUCUCCUGAGCUGCAAAAAAUUCUGGAUGCCAAACGGGCAAAAGCAAAAAAACAACAGCAAAGCGUGGAAACGGAAGAAAGCUUAUAAGAAAAGACAUUUUAGCAUCGUAAUCACUGAAGUGCUAAUUUAGACUAUAGAUAUAAACCUUACAUAUAGCGUUGUACCGAUUAUAAGACUUCCGCUACAAAUUUUGGGGACCCAAGUUAUGUUGGCUCCAAAGCGUGCUGUAUAGUAGGGUGCGGAAGAUAUCGUCCAAUUUGGUAGUAAACAAAAAGUAUUCAAGAAUUAGAAAACCGUAUCCCCACGACUCCAUAGAACCUUGUUAAUUGUUUAAAACACGAUAAUUGGAUAUUAAGAGCUAUAGGUGUCCCAUCUCCCCCACCCUACUAUAUAUUGUUACUUUUAGUAUUGUGAAUACCAAGCACUACUAUGCAUAUGAAAAAAAAUAUGUAAAAGCAAAAUUACUUUUAAUAAUAAGUCGGUCGUGUUUGCAAAUGAAAAUAGUACAAAAGUAUGAUCAUAAAGUCGUAUUAUUAAACCAUGGUUAUAAUUUUCGAACGAUGACGAAAAAAGGUUUCAUGUUAAAAAAGAAAAUCUAAAAAUUCUGCGGCGACCUAACAAUUAACCUACUUAGAUUUGAACGUCCGUAACAGACAGACGUAUCAAUGUUGAAGAUAACGUUGCGAAAUUCCAGUUGCUUACCAACACAAAACAACAAAAUGCUUAAAUUUUGUGCAUGUUUAUUUGAUUUAUGUAGUUUAUCAUAAAAGAGCACAACAAUAUGAAAGCAAAGGUGCAGAGCUGCUUCUGCAACUUCACAGUUCAGCAGCAAAUUGAGCAAGGACCGCACUGGGCAAGAAAGAAACAAAGAACACUAGAACGAGUGAAACAACAGUGGUGGGGGGGGGGG